AUGGGCUACGAUGUUUAUAAACUCCAAACUUUCAAGCGGAGUAACAGCGGUACCUGUAUCCAUCAACGUCCGAUCGUCGCAGUAGGUGAUAAGGUUGAAGCAGAUCAGGUCAUCGUUGAUGGCACCUCUACAGAGAAUGGGGAACUCGCCCUCGGUCGGAAUAUUCUGUGUGCUUACAUGCCGUGGGGUGGCCACAACUAUGAGGACUCUAUCCUUAUCAGUGAGACGCUCAUCAAAGAGGAUACCUUCACUUCUAUCCAUAUUGAGGAAUUUGAGGUAGAGGCGCGCGAAACGAAGGUAGGACCGGAGGAAAUCACACGUGACAUCCCGAACGUUAGCGAACAGCGACUCGGUCAGCUUGACGAGGAAGGCAUCAUCCGUGUUGGUAGCGUUGUUAAAGCCGGUAGCAUCCUUGUCGGCAAGAUUACACCAAAAGGUGAAAGCGAAUAUGGACCGGAAGAGAAACUCCUACGAGCGAUCUUUGGUGAAAAGGUUAAAGAGGGUACGGGAUGCCUCUACUUAUGUUCGUCCUGGAGUUGA